AAAUAUUCAUUGUAUGAAAAGUGGAAAUUGUGAAUGAAUGGUGCAGUUAAAGUGUGGUGACUGGUGACUACAUGCCAACCCGCAGUUACAUACCGCCAAGUAGGCAAACAACAUUGCAUUGGGAUUAGAACUUGCUGCUGAUGUUCGGGCAAUGACAUAGAGGCCGGGGAUGCGUUCGUCCUGAGGCAAUAAGACGGCGUGAUUGAAACACGAAACAGACAGUAGUAGCAGCGUGGUGUGGUUUAUUUUUACACCAUCACUAGGGCUGACGCAAGCUAUGAACAGACAACAGUCACCGAAACAAUAAUUAUGACACAAAUAUGAACAAAUAUCACGGCAUGCUUAAGUGGCGGACAUUGUUGUACAGCAUAAUAUCGUACAUGUGCCGGACCGGCUGGGACAAGUAAACAAUGCACUCCACUAUAAGGUCCUUGCAACUGCCAGUGCUGGUUGUAGCCACGUGUCUCAUAUCUUGGUUGAUUGAGUCUAUCGGAGCGAACAUACCAGAUUCAGCGAACGCCACCACCACCACCGUCACUAGGAGCAGCAACAACACUGCAACCACGGCUGUAUAUUCCAAUCCUCAACAAGAUGCAUCCAAACGGGCAUCCGCACACAUAUCCGGUGAUUUCAUCAUCGGUGUCCUGUUCUCAGUUCACCAUCUACCGCGACAGAAGCGCACCGGUCCGAAUCACUUUCUGGCCUGCGGAGAGGUUCGUGAGCACUACGGCAUCCAACGGUCGGAGGUUACUUUUAAAACUAUCGACGAAAUCAACCAGAAUCCGUCACUGCUACCGAAUAUCACUCUGGGUGUGGAAAUCAGAGACUCAUGCUGGUACGCCCCGGUUGCGCUCCAGCAGAGCAUUGAACUGAUUAGGGAUUCGAUCUCACCACCGUCUGGAAUAAACAAUCCCCCGCCACGGAGAAUUGACGCGGCCUCUGUUGCUAAGAAUCAAAUGGGUUUUCUGCCAGAGGAUUAUUGUUUGGCUAUAAGCCGAAAUACAUCCCUCAGGAAACCGCCGAGUAAAUUUCGUCAAACUUUGGUCGGAGUCAUCGGUCCCGGCUCUAGCUCAGUUGCCCUGCAGGUUCAAAAUUUGCUGCAACUCUUUUCGAUUCCCCAAAUCGGCUACUCAACGACAUCGAAAGAUCUAUCCGAUAAGGCACGGUACAGCACUUUUAUGCGAGUGGUUCCCUCGGAUUAUUACCAGGCACAGGUGAUGGUCGACGUGGUGCGGCAGUUUAAUUGGACCUAUGUUUCGGCCAUCAACACCGAUGAAAAUUAUGGACAAUCAGGAAUUCAAGCAUUUCGGGAAUUAGCAGAAAAAUAUGGUGUUUGCAUAGCAAGAGAAGAUUCGAUUCUUAGCAACGCGGAUGAUGAAUCCUUCUCCGAUGUGCUACGUAACAUCGAACAGGAUCUUAAUGCCAACGUGGUGGUGUGUUUCUGUGAAGGAAUGACCAUUCGUGGACUGUUGAAGGCGAUGGAACGCAUGAAUAUGACCGAUCGGUUCCUGCUGAUUGGCAGCGAUGGCUGGGCGGACAGGGCGGAUGUUGUCCAGAACUAUGAACGUCAAGCACUCGGGUCGAUAUCGAUACGAAUUCACAGCCCGUAUGUGAAAUCGUUCGAUAAUUACUACUUCUCGCUGAAUCCGUUCACCAACAAACGAAAUCCGUGGUUCCAGGAGUUUUGGGAGUCUAGAUUCAACUGUCGUCUUCCAGUGAACGAAGCAUCAUUAGACAUAAGACAUAACGCAGUUUCAGGCGAAGAAAAAGUUUGUACAGGAAAUGAGAAACUAUCGGAUCGCUACAAGCAGGAACCGAAAAUGAGCUUUGUCAUCAAAGCGAUCUACACGAUAGCCUAUGCCCUGCACGCGCUUCAGCAGGACUCGUGCGGUCGAAACUCGGUUGGCAUCUGUGCAGCCAUGUUCCCAUUCAAUGGAACACAAUUUUUUAAUUACCUUAUGAAUGUCUCGUUCAUUUACGAACCCGGCGACACCGUAGAAUUCGACAGCAGAGGGGAUCCUCCGGGAAGGUACGACAUCAUGAACUACCAACUACAAAGUGAUGGAACCUACGAUUAUGUCCAGGUUGGAGAGUGGAACAACGGAUCUCUUAGCUUCUUCCGAGAUUUACAGGCUUCGGAGUCCGGUCCGGUAGAAUCUGUUUGCUCCAAACCGUGUCUUCCCGGAUAUUAUAAGAACCUCCAAACCGGUGGCCAGGAGAAGCAGUGCUGCUGGGUUUGCGUUCCGUGCGAACGGCACCAAUUUUUGUACAACGAGACACACUGCAGAAACUGCGAUUUGGGUUACUGGCCGGAUCAGUCCAAAACAGUAUGUCUGCACAUCCCGAUCGAACAUGUUCAGUGGGGCGACACCGAGGCAAUCGUAGCCAUUUGCUUCUCUGUGCUAGGUUUCAUAGGUACCGGAUUGGUCUUCGGUAUUUUUGUUCGCCACAACGACACACCUGUAGUGAAAUCGUCCACCAGAGAACUUUGCUAUCUCAUAUUGGUCGGGAUGAUCAUAUCGCAUAGCACCAUCUUCGCCAUCCUAGCAAAACCUUCGCCAUUUUCCUGUCUCAUAAGUCGAGCAAUGCCCGGAAUUUCUUUUGCGAUGAUCUACGCUUCACUGUUGGUGAAAACUAACCGAAUAGCUAGAAUACUGGCAGGGUCCAAGAAACGGUUUCCUACCAAAAAACCAAAAUUCAUGUCUGCCACAGCCCAACUGGUCAUAACGGGGCUGCUUAUUUCGAUCGAGAUUGCCAUAGCUGUCUUUAUGCUAAUUCUAGAGCCUCCCAAUACGGAACAUCAGUAUCCAACGAGACAACGAACGGUGUUGGCCUGUAACACAACCAGACAGGGAAUUUUGGUGCCCCUUGCAUUUAUCUUUUUGCUGAUCAUAUUGUGUACUUUGUACGCCUGGAAAACUCGUAAUGUGCCGGAAAAUUUCAACGAAGCGAAGUUCAUUGGUUUCGCUAUGUACACAACCUGCGUCAUUUGGGUAGCCUUCGUACCCAUAUACUUCGGUUCCGAAUCGAAGAUCAUCACAAUGUGCAUUUGUAUCUCACUUUCAGCUAUGGUAACACUGCUGUUCCUGUUUCUCCCAAAACUGUACAUCAUUCUUAUCCGACCGGAAAAGAACAUUCGAGCUUUGUUCACUACAUCCAAAACCAUAAGAUGUCACAUUGGUUCCCGCGUUGCCUCAGCAAUCACUCACAAGACGUCGUCUUCUUAUUCCAGUGGCCCACCAGACGACUACCGAGACUACAGUUUCGAUACGAUUACGAAACCGAUCAUUCGAUCGGCAUCCUGUCAAACGUCUCUCGAGUUACUGAACAAACUAUUGGAGAUGCAGUUGUACGAAACGGAACGCCAACCGGAACAGCCUAACCCGGCACCACGUCAACGAAUAAUAUCGUCUACCAUUAAACAAGUGCGCUACAGCCUCUCUCCGUUGAAGACCACUGCAAGAAAAAUUCCGAGAACUGAUAAACAUCUUCUAAUGGCCGACGGAGACAUGCUAAAUAACAACAUUGAUCGGAACUGUUUUCGAAAAGCUUCCACCGGAGACGCAGGCGACUUUUCCGAGAAAACUACUAUUCGGGAGAGUUGCUACCAUUGUUCUCAGCUUGAGUCUAUUCGUAGCAAGUACGAUCUAGUCGAUCCGGAUACUGAUGAAUACGAAUCAUCUGUGAAUAAUCAGCAUUUGCAACAACCAUCUGCGAAUGGAGUUUACUUGAUCCACAACUCAACUGGUCAAUUUGGUAAUGGAGGAACGAAUCGAACAGUCUACGGAAAGUACGCGAAGACGAUGAUCAGCGAAGAAAGUCUGUCCGAAUGUUCGAUUAGUACCAUGUCGGAGUCGUGUGAUUGUAAGUUUAAGAGCAUCACCAUCAAGCUACCGAAGCCGACCAAUGGACAGCAGGUAAUUUAUUUCUGAUACGGAACCCGGUAGAGUUCGUGUUGGGCGGCUCAAGGACUCGUGAAAUUGAGGUUUGCAAUGUGUCAGCUACGAAUUGCUUUUUUCGAGUGAUUGUGAUUAAGUAGAGUCGGGCAUCUGAUUUACACCAUAGUUCGGAAAAGUAAAGACGCUGAAUUACUCUGGAUAUAGAUUCGCCAUCUUUAUCGUUUGUUUACUAUUUAUCUUUCAGUAAUUAUCAUUUCAAUCUAGCACGAGACCUGUCAUUCGAUCCGAAGAUUGGAAUGACACUGACAGAUAAAUGGUAACAAACGAUAGAGAUGACGUACCUUUAUCCAGAGGGAUUCAGCGUCGUUACGUAGAAGCAUUUCGUUAUUGUGUUGUGUUAGGAUGUGAUGUAGGUGUGCUGUGACAUAAACGGUUUUUAGCAUAAUUGUAUGA